UCUUUGGGUCCGAAUAAUGCUCAGGUCCUUGAAAAUGAAGAUUCCAAAAUAAAAGUUACAUUCUAAGAUACCAUCUUUAAUAUCGUUUCUGUUAUAAGCGCUCUAACUCAAACGAAGUAUUUUACUAGGACGCCCAAAGCACGUGGUGCACGCAAAACAGCCACAAGCUGUUCUGGGGAGUUUAUCGUUAUAUUCCUGGAGACUGUGUUACCUCUUCCGUUUUACGGCUUAUGUUUUUUCUGCACAUGGCAAAGCGCGAGUCUGUCUGGUCGCUUCGCAAUUGUUCCGUUCGCGUCGUUAAAGAAGAUGUUUUACGCAUUUCUCUGUUUCUUCUUAUGGCUGUUCAGCGGUGUGUCUGGUGAUGAAACAGAUGAAACGGAGACUAUAUCAGUGAUGGAGGGGGAUUCUGUUACUCUACGCACUAAUGUUACUGAAAUACACAAAGAUGAUCAUAUAAUCUGGACAUUUAGGCUUAAAAAUUCGGAGAAUCGUUUAGCUGUCAUUUUUAAUCAGAUACUCUCUAUAUAUGUUGAUAAAGAGAAUAAUGAGAGAUUCAGAGGCAGACUACAGCUAGAUGAACAGACGGGAUCUCUGACCAUCACAAACAUCAACAGAUUACACUCUGGACUUUAUAAACUACAGGUCAUGAAUGGAGAGGUCAAACACAAGAGCUUCAAUCUAGCCGUUUAUGCUCUUCUGACUGUUCCUGAGAUCAGCGAUUCUCCUCAAAACCCUUCGGUAUCAGAAAAACCUUCAAGUCAGAAUUGUUCGCUGCUGUGUUCGGCGGUGAACGUGAGUCAUGUGACUCUCUCCUGGUACAAAGGAAACAGUUUAUUGUCCAGCAUCAGUGUGUCUGAUCUCAGCAUCAGUCUCUCUCUACCUCUGGAGAUUGAGUGUCUGGAUGAUUCAUACAGCUGUGUUGUUGCUUAUUCAUUCAUCAAACAGACUAAACACCUCAACGUCACUCAGCUCUGUCGGCCAUGUUCAGAUGGUUCACGUGUGCCCUUUAAAGCUGUAAUAGCUGUAUUUCUGCUGCUGCUGCUAGUGAUCUCAGCUUCAGCCGUGUGGAUAUUCUGUCGCCGCAGGAGCCACAGAGCAGCAGUACAAGAAACUGGAACUACUGCGGAAGAGGUGGAGUACACUGAUGCGAUAUUAACUACCAACAGAGGUCAAGAUUUGGAGACUACUGGAAAGAACCAGACAGAGUAUUCAGAGGUUGCGUUCAGAUGAUGAUCAUUCAGACUGUAUUAUUAUACGUCUUAUUACAGGGCAGAAUGUCAGUAGGCUAUUUGGCAAAGCAUCAAGUCUCAUAGUUGAACGAUGCUAAGGGCUCGAUGAUGGAGGUGGGCCCCCGAGGAGGAAACGUGGCUUCUACUCAGGGGGGCCACCGGAGCGCGUUUGGACCGCAAUCGUGUUUUCUACAGGGGUAGAACACGAUUCUGAGGGGUAGCCUGAGUGGACAGGGGGUCCAGAAACCAUAGCAGUGCCCCUGAAUAAUAAAAACAAACAUAAAAGUGAAGUAGCAGCCCCUCAGAGACCACUUGCGCACACAAAACACAAAUAAAGCCCAGGCCUGGUCCUCUCUCCUGGCCUUCAACUGUUGUUGCUCUGACUUGAGGCGCAGGUGUUGUUUAUUACCAUUUAACUCCAACUCUAAUAGAUCACAAAUUGUCCCUGAAGCCUUUGAAGUUUUUUUUAUAUUGGUUUCCUUGUGUACAGUUUGAGCAAUAAUGUGAACAUGAGUUCCAAUAAAGGCUCCAACAACUUUAAGAAAGCCCACAGUACUCAUAAAAACUACUAAUCUAAUCUAGUAGACGAAUCUAAUUUGUAGUUCUGAUGCGUUCUGAAUUAAGUUUGUCUUUACUAGGAUAUUCUUUUUAAUUCUGAGAACAUUUUGUCAUCUUAACACCAAGAAUUUUCAUGACUAUGUGCCAGAAGUAUUCACAACAGACAAGUGAUGUGCCAUUAAUUUCUGGUCUCUUGUCUGCAUCUGCGCAGGUUCAUACCUUACAAUGUGUAAAUGUGUCUAGACUUGGUUUUAGGUUGUUUAUAUAUCCAUAUGAUUGCUAGACUAGAAUGUCUUAAUAAAGUCAUCAUAACCAGAACAAAAAUAGACCAAAACAAGUAAGGAGGGUCAGAAAAAGGUCAUUCCAGGAUCUAGCUUGGACACCCUUGCCUCUGCUGACUAUCUGUGAGUUUUACAUGUAGUAAGAUCAGGUCUGCCUAUGCUGGUAGAUAGUACAAUUCUCCUUAUAUUCUCCUUCUCACAAAACGGUUUAGAAAGUAGCAUCUGUUAUCAGUUUGUUUUUUUAGGCUCCUAAUCAAGUUAUUGGAAGAAAACAUAAUUUCUUGUAUCUGUUCUUCGUUUCACACACAUCUUAAAGAAUAUGUCGAAAUCUACUGUUUUCAGUUGUGUGUUUGUCACAAAUUGUAUGUGAUUUCAUUUUAGUUUUUACUUUUACUGAAUUCAGAUUUUACAGAAUUCAUAUAAAAAAACAAGGCUCAACUUUUUUACAAGUUUGGCUUGUUUAGUGAUAAAUGUGAUUAUUUCCUUAAGAUUAAUCUGCAUUAAACAAUGUUUGCUUUUCUGAAGAAACAAACAUUAUAAGCAAAAAUAAUUUACGAUAAACCUAAACUUAGCAUUGAACAUCUUUUUUUUUUAAGAAUAUUGAUCACUCCUGUAUACUGUACAGACAUACAGUACAUUUAUGCCAGCAUUAUUAUCCAUUUUGAUGCCAGAUAUUCCACUGAAUGGCAGAAAACAGAACAUACUGAA